AUGGCCUCGACACCGCAGGACGCAGCGACGCGGCUUGCCGCCAAUCCCGCCGCCGAGGCUCUCAUUCUAGAGCUUUUUCAGUCGGCAUCCGACGCCCAAAAAAUACCGAAUGUGGCGCAAACAACCCAAGAAACUCAGAACGCAUUCGAGGUCGGCAUCGCAGCCCUAAACAUCUUCCUCCAAAUCAAUGUCACAGGUCCUGUGCCCUCACGCCAGCCAAUGGCCCAUAUCGAGUCUCAGUUUCUCAAGGCUUGGGAAUCAACGUCUCAAACGACCCUCCCCUCUUCUUCAGCAGUCACUCCGAUUAUAAGAAUGAGAAGAGAGUGUGUUCGGCAGCUGGAAAUUGACGGGGUCUCGCCAUACUCGCACAUUCCUUCACUGGAACUCUUCUACCUCGCCAGACACAUUUUUACCAAGACUCUUUCAACACCGGUUGAUGACAUUGUGCAGCUUCCCGAACUAGAGGCUCAAAAGCACAGCAUAUCUUGGACAAGACUACGUGUCCAUGUAUGGCACUACAAGCUUAUUGCGCAACCCAACCUGGGCGGUUCUACUUUCACCAAGAGCUCGAACUGGAUCGAGCUUCCCUCGCUGGCAACGCAAAUCACAGAUUCUAUGGGCGCUGUCCGAAGUCGCGUUCUAAGUGAUGAUGUGUGGGCAGACAAAUCUCCGUGGAACACCCAGGACAAAGUGCAAUUUCUCAUCGAAGCUGCCAACAACAACAUCUUGCUUGGCCGCGCAGAGAAGGCAAAGGAGCUUGUCGCGGAGGCAACCAAGAUGAAUAACUUCCUGUACGCCUUGUCGGGCGCUCUAGGAAAGAGAACCAAGUUCCAAGAAAAGAACAUAAGUCAACUAGUCGUUUUGGCUCUCAGCCAGACCCAAGAAACAGCCCCCCAAACGGGAGAUGACGAGGAAGACGACACCAAACCUGAGGCUCUACAACUCAACGAUGACACACUGCUCGAAGAGAUUAAAUUCACAAAAGAAAGCGGCGACAGGAAUACAAAGUCUUCUGAGCUGCCCGAAAAACUGGCAAAUCUGACACCCGAUGAGCAACCACAGCUCAGUCCUCUUGACCAGAUCACACUCCUCACUGAAGCGACAAUCAAAGACACCUUCUCGCCUGCAGACACCCUCACCGCUGAAGAAAUUCUGCCAUUCGCUACUCGCGUGAUUGCCGACAAGUCCACAAACUGGCAAACGUAUACCCAAGCUCUUCUUGUGCGUUCGCGCAUCGAAGUCCAUCGAAGCCGCACCUUGGAGCGCGGCGUCCUUCAAAUGCAGGCCGUAGCGGAUCAAGUCCUCACGGAUACCACAUAUUCUGCCGAAGAAAACGUAGAGUCUGGGAAGAAACAAGGGAGUUGCUCUACAGCAGCAACCGACGUCCCAUCUAUACAAGUCUCAGCACCGGGGCACCACACUGGAGACGAAGCGGCUCCUGCCACGGGGGCGCCGACAACCUUCCUCCCCGCCGUCAAGGCCUCGGAGUCUGCGCCGGCCAAUGUGCGUCUCCGAUACAUCCAUGCCCUCUCCACCCCGCCACGCUGGCACUUGGAGGCCGAGCUGGCCUAUGCUUGGGCUGGUGCCGGCUCCAUGGUCUCGGCGCUCGAGAUCUUCAAGCGUCUGCGUCUCUGGGCCGAGGUCGCUCUUUGCCUCGCGAGCGCCGAUGCCAUGGACGAUGAGGACGGUCGCGGCAGCGGCGGCGAGGCCAAAGCAAAGGGGAUCAUGCGCUGGCUGCUGUUCAACAGGACGGGUGCCGACGCCGCCGCCGCAUCGGACCCCGACGACGAGGUGGCGGUCCAAGACGUCACGUCUCUCAAGGCAGACGACUUCCAGGGCCCGGAACGCUCGCCAGCGCCAUCCAACGCCCCGCGUCUGUGGUGCAUCCUCGGCGAGCUGGAGAACGAUGCCUCCUUUUACGAGCGUGCAUGGGAGGUGUCGGGCCACCGCUUUGCUCGAGCGCAGCGCUCUCUCGCCGAGCAUUACGUCCGGGAAAAAGACCUCGUGCGCGCCCACGAAGCAUACAAGAAAGCCACGGCGGUAAACCGGCUCGAUCCCGACAUGUGGAGUCGUCUUGGUGAUAUUAGUUUACGCCUCGGACACUUCGAGGACGCCGCCCAGGCCUUCAAUCGGGCUAUCGGCAGCGCCACCGGCGAACUCGGCGGCGAAGACGCCAAAACCUGGAGCAACCUGGGAACGGCGCUCUGGAGUCUGUACAGCGAGGUCACCGCUGCUCAGGAAAAGGACAAAACACCGCCCGCAACCUCGGCUGAAGCGGCACCUGCUCCCGCUGUGCCCGAAGACGAUGAAGACGAAACCGUGGCGGCCGCCGCCAAUACCGCGCAGAACCCCUCCGAAAUGUCCAGGGACCCCGAGAAGCUCCUCGCGCAGGCCCUCCACGCAUACAAGAUGGGCGCCACCGCGGCCCACGACAACUGGCGCAUCUGGGAAAACGUCGUCACGCUGGCGUGCCGGAUGCGCCCGCCCGCCGUGACGGAGAUCCUGGCCGCCACGCGCCAGAUUCUGCGCAUCCGCCCGACCGAAGACGCCGUCAACGCGCCCGUGCUCGGCGCGCUGCUGCACGAGCACGUCCUGCACAGGCCCAGGCCCGACGGACCCGACAUCUACGAGCCCCCGCGCGGCACCCCCGAGCGCCUCGUCGCCCGCGUCCUCGAAGAGGACAUUGUCCCGCUCAUCACCCGCCGCGGCGAGCUCUGGACCCUCGUCGGCAAGCUGCGCGCCUGGCGCCGCGACUACGCCGGCGCCAUCGACGCCGCUGAAAAGGCCUGGCGCGCCGCCGUCGGCGCCUCGGGCAGCGGUCUGCUGCCUGGCGGUGACUCGUCCGCCGCCGCCGCUGCCGCCGACUGGACAGAGGACGAGGCGGCGUGGCUCGUCGUCGUGGCGCGCACGGAUGAGCUCGUCACCGCGCUCGAGACGUGGGGUGAGGACGUCGACGAGGUCGGCGCCAAGUGGCGCGGUAAGGCGCGCAGCGCCGUCCGCAGUGUCAUGGGCCGUGGUAAGACGAACUGGGAGGGCACUGAGGGAUGGACCAUGCUGGAGGCCCUCAUGAAUGGGCUCAAGGUGGCCAAGUGA